AUGGACGUACACGGGCGACACUUUUUAAUUCCGUCGUUUUCCAUCAGUGUUAUCAUCUGCGUCGGUUCGAAGUUGGUGCAUCUUCCGGCGGACCGCGAACCGCUCGGCAGCUACUUUCGAGUGAUUAGCGAUGGUGCCGUUCUGCUGCUGCAUUUCAUUUAUUUAGGCAGUUCCAUCGAUUCCUUCUUGGCUCGACCGAACGACGCCUACCAGCUUCUGCUGGAUACACUUGGAUUCCCGUUGGCAUGCGUUUACGCCUACAUCCAGUUCUGGUCCUCCGUGGUGGGCAACCACUACAUGUCGGUGUGUGCUGCGGAUAUCGUCCUUGAAUACGCGACGGUGCUACUAACGGCGCAGCAGUACGGCUCGCCCUUCCUCGCCUGGAGACGCUGGACCGCUUUGUUGGCGACGGUUUUGCUAACUCUACUGAACUGUUACAGCAUCCGUUGGACGACCACCACCUUCGCAAUCUACAUGAAGUCACUGUUUAUGAGUUUUUGGAUGGCAAAAAUUUGGAUUAAUCUCACCUCUAUUCAGGCUGCCGUUGUCAGUGCGGGGCAGGACUUCGUCCUGAUUAUGUGUUUGACGUUUGCCGUUAUAGCACUGCUGGUGGCCGUUAAGGAAUUUGAUUGUUUUCCACGAGACGUAGUUUCGGCAAAUCAGACGGUGCUGCUUCCCUUGUACGAACAGCUGGUCGGAGUUUCCAUUCCGGAGUUGCCGGUGAUCGCCGCCUGCUACUAUUCUGGCUCGCUGAAUAGUUUCUUUCUUACGCCGGAGCCCUUCAUCAAAGCAGCCCAGAACGGGCAGCUCCCGUUUGCUGUUUCCUUGUGUCAGGAAAAGACAAACUCUCCGAUCGUUUUGCUGCUGUUGAAAAGUGUGAUUACUGCAAUCGCCGUUGGUUAUUUGAGUGAUGAUCUGCUGCUGCUGGGGUCCACCUGGAAUUGUUUGCUCAUUGCGGCUGCUGUUUUGUUUGACAUUGCAACGUUACGGGCCAAUUAUGUUCAACUAAAGUGUGGCGGAAAUAGUAGACUACAAACGGUUGCCAUGUGUGUGCUGCAUGCCGGAUUUCAACUGGCCAACUUUGGCUGGAUCUAUCAUCGCGUAACGGGAUUCGGGGAUAUUGCCCGGAUGCUACUGUUCAUCGCUUCGGUUACGAUUGUGGCAUUUAAGAUGGUACAAAGUGAUACUUUUGUCGAGAUCUGUUGUAGCAGGUUAAAGUUGACGUGCUACCCAAAGAUGGGAUUAAUGACCGAUGACGUGAAAAAACCUAACGAUGCGUGUGUUGACAGUUUGGCUUAGUUAAAAUGCUAACCAAAGUUAACAAGCAGAGGUUUUCUAAUUUUCAAAUUUGUUAUUAAUUCAUACUGGCAGUUACCAUUGACGAUCACCGAGCUUGCUAAUGAACAAAGUAGAAACACUUCGGUUUUUUCGUUGCUCACAUUCAUAUUCAGUUUUUUUCCGUGAAAUUGCUGUACAUGAUUUACUUGACGUUCUUCUUCGCAUAGAAUCCAUUUUACUACACUUUUACCACAUAAAACUUUGUAAUCCUAUCCUUCGGAAAUGAAAUUUCAUUGUUAAUUGUGUUAUG